AAAGUUUUUUUGACGUUUCAGUUUUAGGUUUUCGUUUGAUUGAUGUAUCGUGAUCGCAAAUAAAAUUUUGCAAUUAAUAAAAUUGAUUCCAUGGUGUAUUUAAUUUAAUUUGAUUAGUAUCUAAUUAGUACUUUCAAAGUGGCGUCCGAUAUGUCUGGAGGUCACAAGCUGCGCUACAAGAACGCGGGGCUGAGCGCGGACGAGCUGCGCCGCCGCCGCGAGGAGGAGGGCGUGCAGCUGCGGAAGCAGAAGAGAGAACAACAACUAUUCAAAAGAAGAAACGUAAACCUCCCUCUAGCGAAUGCUCCAGACAUUACAUUGCAGGAUGACCUCAAUGUAUCGUCUUCAGAUGACAUCACACCUCAGAUGGUGGCCGCGUUGUACAGUGAGAACCCACAAGACCAGGUCAUGGCCACCCAGAGGUUCCGGAAACUGCUCAGUAGAGAACCAAAUCCGCCUAUAGAUGAAGUUAUACGAACAGGAAUAGUGCCCAAGUUUGUAGAAUUCUUAACCAACAGUGCAAACCCAACACUUCAGUUUGAAGCAGCGUGGGCGCUCACAAACAUAGCAUCAGGGUCCUCUGAACAAACCCACAUAGUGGUGGAAUGCGGAGCAGUCCAAGUGCUAGUGUCUCUACUGGAGGCGGACGUCAGUGACGACGUGCGGGAGCAGGCGGUGUGGGCGCUCGGGAACGUGGCCGGGGACUCCCCGCGGUGCAGAGAUGCGAUGCUGGCUGCUGGUGUGCUGCCGCCGCUGUUGACAAUAUUAAACAAAUACACAAGGUUAUCCAUGACAAGAAACGCAGUAUGGACACUGUCGAAUCUGUGCAGAGGGAAAAAUCCACCGACAAACUUUGAGGCUGUGGCUCCAGGUAUCCCCGUGCUAGCCCGCCUGCUACACCACUGCGACGCGGAUGUGCUGAGCGACGCGUGCUGGGCGCUGUCCUACCUCUCCGACGGACCCAACGAGAAGAUCCAGGCCGUCAUCGACGCACAAGUGUGCCGUAGACUCGUCGAGCUGCUCAUGCACAACAAAACCACCGUAGUCUCGGCCGCCCUCCGCGCCGUCGGCAACAUAGUGACGGGCGACGACGCCCAAACACAAGCUGUUCUCAACUGCAACCCGCUGCCGUCGCUGCUCGCGCUGCUCCGCUCCGGCACCGAGGCGCUCCGCAAGGAGGCCUGCUGGACCCUGUCUAAUAUUACUGCUGGCAACGCUUCGCAAAUACAGACAAUAAUAGACGCGAACAUCUUCCCGACUCUCAUAGAGAUCCUGCGCUCGGCCGAGUUCAAGACGCGCAAGGAGGCGGCGUGGGCCGUCACCAACGCGACCAGCGGCGGCUCGCACCAGCAGAUACGAUACCUAGUGGAGCAAGACUGCAUCCCUCCUCUAUGCGACCUGCUGACUCUGACCGACGCUAAGACCGUGCAGGUCGCGCUCAACGGACUAGAGAACAUACUGAAGGCGGGGCAGGGCGCCACCGACAACCCGUAUGCAGUGCUGGUCGAGGACUGCUUCGGCCUCGACAAGAUCGAGUUCCUGCAAUCGCACGAGAACCUCGAGAUCUACCAGAAGUCGUUCGAGAUGAUCGAGCGCUACUUCGGCUCCGAAGAGGAGACGCCUACCACCACUGGAGACCAGUUCUCGUUCGGACCCGCCGCGCCCGCCGGACCACUGCAGUUCUAGUUUUCAGAUUCACUACAAAACGUCUUCGCAAUUGAGGUUUUCGCUAAGUCGCCGAGGCGGGUGUCGUCGGUCGCUGUGUUACAUUGAAUCUGCUUAUCGUAUUGUAAUUUCAAUAAUUUAUAUAAUUAACUUGCAAGAGAAGCAAAUAACUAACGUUUAUGUUUUGUUUUUGCUUGUGUAGAUAAUCGCCGUCUAUAUUAUUAUACAUAAAAUAUAAACUAUAGUACGUGUAUUUUGUAGUAAAAUAUUAUUUUAGUUGGCACCUAACGGUCGUUAUUUAUAUUGUGACAAAACUUGUAUAUUGUUAUCUGGUGAAAUAACUUGUAUUGGUUACUAGUUAUUACUAUUAAAUUGUAUGUAUGUAUGUAUUAAUAAAAUUGGUACCAAUA